CUGGAUGCCUGCAAGUCCAAACAUCCUGUUCUUGUUUGAACUCCUUACUGGAGAAACAGGGAAAAGCUGUCUUUUUUCCUUCCACCCAUAUCAGGUGACACAAAAACACGAGCCCGUCUGGGUUGAACUGCUUGACUCUGGUGUUUGGGAGCAGAUCUGAGCUGCUGAGCCGGGCAGCGAUUCCUUCUCUGGAUUAGCAUUGACUCUGUGGGAACCGGACCACCCCUGAGACAGGAGGGCGGCCCGAUGCCUCCCCAGGGCCUGGGUCUGCAGCAGAGCCCCCUCCUCCUGGGGAGGGGGGACCCUGGGCUCAUAUUUUCCCCACCUCUCCUGCCUUCUUCCCUGCAGGUGAACUUCCACAGCCCCCGGAGUGGCCAGAGGUGCUGGGCCGCGCGGACCCAGGUGGAGAAGCGGCUGGUGGUGCUGGUGGCACUUCUGGUGACAGGACUAGUGGCCUCCUUAGCAGCGCUGGGCAUCCAGUACCGGACAAGAUCCCCCACGGCAUGUCUGAGCGAGGCCUGCGUCUCAGUGACCAGCUCCAUCUUGAACUCCAUGGACCCCACGGUGAACCCCUGCCAGGACUUCUUCAGCUAUGCCUGUGGGGGCUGGAUCAAGGCCAACCCUGUGCCUGAUGGCCACUCACGCUGGGGGACCUUCAGCAACCUCUGGGAACACAACCAAGCCAUCAUCAAGCACCUCCUUGAAAAUGCCACAGCCAGCGCGAGCGAGGCAGAGAGGAAGGCACAGGUAUACUACCGCGCAUGUAUGAACGAGACCAGGAUUGAGGAGCUCAGGGCCAAGCCUCUGAUGGAGCUUAUCGAGAAGCUCGGAGGCUGGAACAUCACGGGUCCCUGGGCCAAGGACAACUUCCAGGACACCCUGCAGGUGGUCACCGCCCAUUUCCGCACCUCACCCUUCUUUUCCGUCUACGUCAGUGCUGACUCCAAGAACUCCAACAGCAACGUGAUCCAGGUGGACCAGUCUGGGCUGGGCUUGCCCUCGAGAGACUAUUACCUGAACAAAACUGAAAAUGAGAAGGUGCUGACCGGAUACCUAAACUACAUGGUCCAGCUGGGGAAGCUGCUGGGCGGGGGAGAUGAGGAUGCCAUCCGGCCCCAGAUGCAGCAGAUCUUGGACUUUGAGACAGCGCUGGCCAACAUCACCAUCCCCCAGGAGAAGCGCCGUGAUGAGGAGCUCAUCUACCACAAAGUGACGGCGGCCGAGCUGCAGACCCUCGCACCCGCCAUCAACUGGCUGCCAUUUCUCAAUACCAUCUUCUACCCCGUGGAGAUCAAUGAAUCUGAGCCUAUUGUGGUCUACGACAAGGAAUACCUUGAGCAGGUCUCCACACUCAUCAACAACACUGACAAAUGCCUCCUCAAUAACUACAUGAUCUGGAACCUGGUGCGGAAAACAAGUUCCUUCCUCGAUCGGCGCUUUCAGGACGCCGAUGAGAAGUUCAUGGAAGUCAUGUAUGGGACCAAGAAGACCUGCCUUCCUCGGUGGAAGUUUUGUGUGAGUGACACGGAAAACAACCUGGGCUUUGCCCUGGGCCCCAUGUUUGUCAAAGCGACCUUCGCAGAGGACAGCAAAGACAUAGCCACUGAGAUAAUCCUGGAGAUCAAGAAGGCAUUUGAGGAGAGCCUGAGCACCCUGAAGUGGAUGGAUGAAGAGACCCGGAAGUCAGCCAAGGAAAAGGCGGAUGCCAUCUACAACAUGAUAGGCUACCCCAACUUCAUCAUGGACCCCAAGGAGCUGGACAAAGUAUUCAAUGACUACACCGCGGUUCCAGACCUCUACUUUGAGAAUGCCAUGCGCUUUUUCAACUUCUCAUGGAGGGUCACUGCCGACCAGCUCAGGAAAGCCCCCAACAGAGACCAGUGGAGCAUGACGCCGCCCAUGGUGAACGCUUACUACUCACCCACCAAGAAUGAGAUCGUGUUUCCGGCUGGGAUCCUGCAGGCGCCUUUCUACACCCGCUCCUCACCCAAGGCCCUAAACUUUGGUGGCAUCGGCGUUGUCGUGGGCCACGAGCUGACUCAUGCUUUUGAUGAUCAAGGACGGGAGUAUGACAAAGAUGGGAACCUCCGGCCGUGGUGGAAGAACUCGUCCGUGGAGGCCUUCAAGCAUCAGACCGAGUGCAUGGUGGAGCAGUACAGCAACUACAGCGUGAACGGGGAGCCGGUGAACGGACGGCACACCCUCGGGGAGAACAUCGCGGACAAUGGCGGCCUCAAGGCGGCUUACCGGGCUUACCAGAACUGGGUGAAGAAGAACGGGGCUGAGCAGACACUGCCCACCCUGGGUCUCACCAACGACCAGCUCUUCUUCCUGGGCUUUGCACAGGUCUGGUGCUCUGUCCGCACGCCCGAGAGCUCCCACGAAGGCCUGAUCACCGACCCGCACAGCCCCUCCCGCUUCCGCGUCAUCGGCUCUCUCUCCAAUUCCAAGGAGUUCUCAGAACACUUCCGCUGCCCGCUCGGCUCCCCCAUGAACCCUCCUCACAAGUGUGAAGUCUGGUAAGGGGUGAAGCGCAGAGAGCCAAGACAGAGGAGGAGAAGGGGCUAAGGACAAGCCCCCAGUGGGCCGACACAUCUGUCCCCCAUCCAGCCUCCAGGGCAUCGCCCAGCCUGCUUGGCCACACCAGGGCCCCCUUCCCCGUGCUGGAGGGUUUCAGCCGGAAACGAGCCUGAGCCCAGGAUGUAGGUUCUCAGCAUAACCCAAGAUUUGAUCCCCCAUGAAGACCCUGUCGCCCCAGGCACAUGCGUGUCAACGUCCACGGGCAUUUGGGUGUCAGGCUGGUGGCUGACCAGACCCGGGCCCCACGCCGACAAGCGCCAGAUACAUCACGAUACCACUGUGUCAAAUGCUUUCAAGAUAUAUUUUUGGGGAAACUAUUUUUUAAACAUUGUGGAAUACACUGGAAAUCUUCAGGGAAAAAAAUGCAUUUAAAACACUUUUUUUUAAAGGAAAGGAUUGGUAUAUUUAUUAUGUUCUGUCUUUCUAUAUAACCUGUGGAUAAGGGAAGCCUCACUGACUGACCCCUCCCUUUCCCCCUCCCUUGUGCGGUUGGACUGAGGCAGGGGUCCCCGGGACCCUGAGCAGGUCCUCAGGUCAGAGAACUGCCUCGGCCCUGGGACGUGCGAUUUUGGCUGUGGUCACCUGGUGCAGACAGGAGGGAUGUGGAGGCCAGAACAGAGGGAGGAUCCAGCUCGGGGCCCAGCUUAUGGGCACUGGCUCCCUCAGCUAGCCUCCCCUGUCCCCAGAGUCCAACAGUGGGACCUCUAGCAAGGAAGUUCCAGUCCACAAAUUCGCUGCAGGGGAUGGAUGGCCGUGGCAGAAUGAGGCCAAGAUAGGGCCCUCAAACGCCCUCGGGGGGCACUGAGUGCCCUGGAUCCUGGGCCACAGGAGCCCUGUGGGUGGAAACGCCCCUGUCAGAUGAACAAUGCUGUGCCACAGAGGUCCCCUUUCGGGCCCUCCUCUUUUGACCGCCCCAUGUCUGUCCCAGGGGCCUGUUGCAUCUCUGCAGCCACUUUGGGGCCUGCCUGGUUGACCCUCUUCCCCGGGGGAAGGAGACAGAAAACUG